GCAGCAGUUUAACUAAAGCUGUGAGGAUUAAACUUGACUUUGUUGUUUCACGCAUUUAAAGUAGUUCAACAGACCAAGUUUUGGUGGUAAAAUGCCACGAAGGAACAUGUUGAGCUUUAGCGUGCUGCUCCUAUUUGGUGUGUUGUGGAAGCUCAGUGACACUCAGGUGCACAGAGAAGAAGCCAACCAGCCUCCAGAUGAGCCUGAAGAUGAACCCAGAGACGACGGCAGUGCCUUCUUCGCCCUGCGGAGCUGCCAGCAGCUUCUGCAGGGUGACGCCGGCGAGUUCUUCUCCCCGGAUUACCUGUGCUCCAACCCGCCGCUGUGGUGCAACUGGACCAUCCAGGUGGACCCGGCAAAGAGGAUCCAUCUCCAUUUGGAGGACUUGACCCCCUCCGACGCCUGCCACCUCAAAGAGGAUCAGGUCCACCUGGACGAGCCCGUCGGACAUUUAAAGGCUCACAAAGUCCUUCAGAAGUGCUGGCGGGAGGCCAAGUACACGUCCUUGUCAAACAUUGUGUAUGUAGUGCAGCUGAUCGGGGGCUGGCCCAGCUCGCCCUACAGGGGCUUUCACGGCCGCUACCAGGCCUUUGGACCCCCGGUGGUUUACAACCCGCAGCAGGGAUGGCCAUACAGGAAGUCAAAACCAUCUCCUGGAAUCCAGGACUUCAAUGAACUUGUUAACGGUGAACAGCAGGAGUCGGAGCAUUCGUCGCCGACUAGUUCUGAUCUUACGCAUGAUUAUUUUAGUCAAUCUUCAGACGGGGCGGAUCCUGGGGAGGCCGCAGACCCUGAGGUGGAUGAAAACCACCAUCCAGUCUUGGAGAACCGGUACACAGCUGUGCCAGCAUCCACACAGGGGACCUCUCGAUCGGGAAGAGGUGCCACUAAAACCCCUUCCCUCCAGUCUGACCCGACCGUCUCUCCUGCAUCUUCACAGCAGCCAGGCGGCGGUCAGAGACCAAGGGCAGCAGGCAGCCCAUCUGCUAAUGUGGAGAAAGCUUUGUCAGAUCCAGAAGAGGCUGCACGUCUAGAGGAAGCGAGGCUGUCUGAGAAGGAGGAGAGGCUGUCUGAGGAGGAGGAGAGGCUGCUGUCUGAGGAGGAAGAGAGGCUGUCUGAGGAGGAAAUGUCAAACCGGCUUCCUUCUUCCUCUAAAGAUGCAGAGACUGAGCCAACUCUUCCUCACCCCAACAUGGUGGAGCCGCUGUCGGACCACCGAGGACACUUCAACGUCAGAAAUCGCUCUGAAGUUCCACAUCUUCCCGGUGAUCGCCUGUUUGAGGUGACGGUCGAAGUGAAAUUCCUUCCGGGUGUGAAGGAGUCCUGGCACAACGUGUUCCUAUCGCUGCUGCGGUCGGUGAAACAGCUGAUCAGCAGGCAGCUGAAGUCUCUGCACACGCCGCUGUCCAUGAAUACUAAAAGAUUAAAAAGACUGAGUGCAGGGGGGCUGUACAUCAUCUGGCUGCAGAUUGGACGGGGGCCAGAGGGUCUGCAGGUCCACCGGGCCGUCCACUCCAACCUGCACGGCCUGGCUGCAACGGCCGUUGGCGCCAGACACUGGGACGCCGUCAUCUCCUCAGUGUCGAUUUCAGAUGUAAACGAGUGCGGGACCCAGAUGGUGCUGUGUGACAUCAACGCAGACUGUGUGAACCGGUUCGGUUCGUACUCGUGCCACUGCAGACCGGGCUUCCGGGACGAGUCCCGCCUGGGGUCGGGAGGGACCGCCUGUGUUGAUGAGACGGCUGCAGGUUGCAGCUCGGCCCAGUCGCCCGAGGCGAAGGGCGUCUACGUCCUCUUCUUCCUGCUCAGCUCGCUCAUCCUGCUGCUGCUGGCGGCGGCCGGGCUGCUGUACCACCGCCACCGCCACGGGGCCUUCCCGGUCGAUUGCCACGGCAGCAUCGUUCCUCCGGGCCCCAACAACAACAACAACAACAACCACCACCACCAUCACCGCAACCACCGGCAUCAACAUGACGACGACUCCUACUCCGGCCCCCCGGACUCUGACCUGCCCCCGCCCCCUCCGCCCGUCCGGAGCUUCAGGGAGGGGUGGCCCCCGGCGAAGGAGCGCCCCCCCACCCUGGACCUGCAGCUGCUGCGCUUCAGCCAGCUGCUGCUGCCCGACGCCUACGCGGAGCCGCAAGAAGGCGGGAAGAAGUGA